AUGGCAUCGAAAAACUCAUAUUCAGCAUACCAAGAGAUAAAGUCUCCCAAAGACCAUACGUACAAACUUCUUCAACUUUCACCGGAACUUUUAGAUUAUAUCAAGUCUAAUGAGCAUGGUGAAUUACUUUUAAAGUCACCAUCGACUCUGAAAAACCACAUAGUUUUAGUAACGAAUAAUAAAACUUGGAAGAUGAGACAAAUGAAUCAUUCUAAUAGCGUCCUUUUGCUAAACAAUAUGAAUAUAAAUAAAUUGAAUAAAACUAUAGAACAUAUUAUACCAAUUGAGGAACCUACAAACAAACUAUUGGGAAUUGCAAACCUUGCGUAUGAAUAUGAACUUUCCAAAAUCCCAGGUCAUAUAGAAAUAAGCAAUUUGCCUAUAUAUGACGGUAAAAUUGAAGCCACAUAUGAGUGUGAAGCCCUUCAUAACGUUGAAACCUUAAUGAACGACUCACCGAUCUCUAGGGAAGAAUUCUAUAAUGAAUGGUAUACAUUGUGUGGAUGUGAGGUUAAUGGAAAUGCAGUCAUACUUUCCAAAGAAUUUGUUACUGAGGGAUUGCAAUUAUUAAUUCCCGUAUUAAUUACGAAGGACAUAGACUACAAAAGCGAUGCCUUCAAUAUAAGCAUAGCAGAUAUUUCCCAAGAUUUGUACCUGCAGAACAAGCUAUACACUCAAGAAGUGACUAAUACAAUUCUCCAUAAGUUCUGUAUUAAGGAUCAUGCGUCAAAUAGAUUCAGGCUAAACAAUCUUGCAGUAUCUAAGUGGUUUGGAAUACAAACGCUAUUUAGUACGAACGCUCGUCUCAUUUCCCCAAAGGAUUUCUUAUUAAAAUGGAAGUCAUCCUUUCCUCCUUUCUACAAUGUUCCAAUCGAUCUAUCCCAAAUGAGAGGUUACUAUUGCCGUCCACUCAAUGAACAAAUUCAAUUCCUAAACCCAUCAACUUUAACACCCGGUGAUAUGAGUACUAGAGUCAAAGAGUUAUUUCAAAUAGUAAAAGAAUGGGAGUACGAAGAGUUUCUUCCUUUUAUCGAGGAAUUCAUUCCAAAAGGCAAAAAGCCUGAGUCAAUUGUACUAAAGUAUGCUAAGAAGAAGAGAGUUGGAAAGAAUAGAUUUAUAGUUUGUCCCAGAUAA